AAUAUAAUAUAAAUCGUAUUUUUUAAUUUACAUAUAAUACAAAUUAUCAUAUUAAUCUUAAUAAAUAUUGCAAAUGAUGGUUCAAUAACAGGGUAUAGAUAGUACCGCCACCAUGUAGAUAAUUAUUCGAACUGAUCUGCACUAACCUACUCGAAUUUAGCGGAACGCAUCAAUAUGGCCACCGGUAGCUGGCUCAUGUUCCCGGUCGUUAAUUAUUUAAGUAGUUUUAAAGAACGUGCGAAUAUAUUGAAAUAAAUAAUUCUGCAAAAUGAAUAUGUCAGUGGAAAAAAAGAAAUAUCCAUCGGCACUGCCAACAAAUUGGCCGUCCAGAGAAGAGGCUUCGAGAAAAAGCCAAAAUCAAUUGUCAUCUACUGGAAAAGUUGACGUUUAUUAUUACAGUCGUGGAGUCAGAAAUGAUGCAUCGUUAGUACCACCGAUAAGACAAACCGCAUCUAUAUUUAAACAACCAGUAACUAUUUAUAAGACACAGGAAGGAAAAGUAAAAGAUAUUAAACAUGGAAAUCAAGAAAAACCCAAACAAGAAGGAGCCGAUAAAAUUGAUGGCAAAUAUGGCUCCCAAGAUAAGCCUAAACAGUUAUUUUGGGAAAAACGUUUGGAAGGUUUAAGAGCAUGCGAUCCAGAUGGAUUUGAAUUCGAUGGAAUGGAUUUACCAAAAAGUUUGAAGCCAGUUGGUCCGUAUAUUACGGAAGAAACUUUGCUUCAAAGUGUUGCAACUGCAUUACAUGUUUCGUCUCAACCAGUCACGGGACAAACGGGUUCGAAGACAGCUUUAGAGAAAAAUCCCGGGGUAUUUCUUAAUCCCGAUCAACCCCUCGUACAGGCCGUCUCGAUAGCUGACGAAGACAUCAAGAGGCAAGAGGAUCGAGUUGCUUUAGCAAGGAAAAAGCUACAAGACGCUUUACGAUCUAUUCCUAUAUAAAUUGUACAAUUCUUUUAGAUAUUUAUAUUAAUUCUCUCACCCUAGUCCUAAGUUCGUUAUAAAUUAUGUCAUCCUGAUUUUUAUAAUAAAUGUUUUAUAAAGAAA